GAUGCAUAAAAGGAAAGUCAGGGAAACAAAAAAAAAAUCGUGAGAAUUGAGGGAUUUUUGGGCGUAUAAAUGGCCCCCUCUCUUUGCAAAGCCCUCCUCCUCCCUCUAUCCCCCCAGCCGCCUUGCCUCCAUUGCCUCCCCACUCCUCCCUUCUCUUCCCUCUCACCUCCUAAAACCUCGCUUCCCCGGUCGCACCUCCAGCUCGUGCGUCCGUGCGAGCGCGCGGUUUCCUUGCCAAGAACUGUCGCGCGGGUCGGGGGAUUGAGGAGGACGGUGGGCGGCGGCGGCGGCGGCGGAUUUGUCGGGCCCGAGAUUCCCGGACAAGGCGAAAUGAAGUACGUCCUUGUCACCGGCGGGGUGGUGAGCGGCCUGGGCAAGGGCGUCACGGCCAGCAGCAUCGGCGUCAUCCUCAAGGCGUGCGGCCUCCGCAUUACGUCCAUUAAGAUCGAUCCUUACCUUAACACCGAUGCUGGAACUAUGUCUCCAUUCGAACAUGGUGAAGUGUUCGUGCUGGAUGAUGGUGGCGAGGUGGACUUGGAUCUUGGUAACUACGAGAGGUUUCUGGACAUUAAACUUACUCGGGACAAUAAUAUAACCACCGGAAAGAUCUAUCAGUCUGUAAUUGACAAGGAGAGGAAAGGGGAAUACUUGGGAAAGACUGUCCAGGUAUUUGGAUCAUGUUUUGUGGACUCGCGUUUGUUUCAUCUGUCUUGGAACUUCUGCUUGUGUUUUUGUUCUAGAACUGAUCGCCCAAAUGUUUUUACUUUUAAGGUUGUGCCACACAUCACAAAUGCCAUACAGGAGUGGAUCGAGCGUGUUGCUAUGAUACCAGUUGAUGGCAAGGAGGGACCUGCUGAUGUCUGUGUGAUAGAACUGGGGGGCACUAUAGGUGAUAUUGAAUCCAUGCCAUUUAUUGAAGCUUUGGGCCAGUUCUCUUAUCGUGUUGGUCCUGGCAACUUCUGCCUGGUGCACGUCAGUCUAGUUCCAGUUUUGAAUGUUGUUGGUGAACAGAAAACAAAGCCAACCCAGCAUAGUGUACGUGGUUUGAGGGGACUCGGGCUCACCCCAAAUAUUUUAGCUUGCCGCAGUACUAAGGAAUUAGAGGAUAAUGUGAAGGAGAAACUCUCCCAGUUUUGCCAUGUGCCGGCAGCAAAUAUUAUCUCUUUGUAUGAUGUUUCCAAUAUCUGGCGCAUUCCUUUGUUGCUACGGGACCAAAAAGCUCAUGAGGCUAUUCUUAAAGUUCUGAACCUGGAAAGGGUGGAUAGCAUUGCUCGAGAGCCAAAGUUAGACGAAUGGGUUGCAAGAGCUGCUAUAUUUGAUACCCUUCAUGACACUGUGAGGAUUGCUAUGGUUGGGAAGUACACUGGCUUAUCAGAUUCAUACCUGUCUGUGUUGAAAGCCCUCUUGCAUGCAUCUGUUGAUUGCCGCAGGAAGCUUGUUGUUGAUUGGGUUGCUUCAACGGAUCUUGAGGACUCCACGGCAGUUGAGGCACCUGAUGCAUAUAAAACAGCGUGGGAUUUGUUGAAGGGGGCAGAUGGAAUUUUGGUACCUGGUGGCUUUGGUGACAGAGGUGUUCAAGGGAAAAUUUUGGCUGCUAAGUAUGCCCGUGAAAAGAAUGUCCCAUAUCUUGGUAUAUGUCUUGGGAUGCAGAUUGCUGUGGUGGAGUAUGCUCGUCAUGUCAUGAAUCUCACCGAUGCAAACAGCACUGAAUUUGAUCCAAAUACCAAGACCCCUUGUGUUAUUUUUAUGCCUGAGGGUUCCAAAACACAUAUGGGUGCGACAAUGCGCUUAGGAUCAAGGAGGACAUUUUUCAAGAUUGCUGAUUGCAAGUCUUCUAAAUUGUAUGGCAAUGUCACUUAUGUUGAUGAAAGGCAUCGCCACAGAUAUGAGGUGAACCCUGAUAUGGUUCCAGAGUUCGAAAAUGCUGGACUUCAGUUUGUUGGCAAAGAUGAUACUGGAAGGAGGAUGGAGAUUAUUGAAAUACCCAACCACCGAUAUUUUGUUGGUGCACAAUUCCAUCCUGAGUUCAAGUCAAGACCUUCAAAACCUUCGCCCCUAUUUGUGGGACUAAUUGCGGCUGCAUCUGGGCAGUUGGAUAGGGUGCUGCAAGACUGCUGCAAUGGUCAUGUUAUUUCAGCUAAGCAUGUUCUGAGCAAUGGCUCAUAUACACCCACAGUACACCAAAAUGGGCACCCAAAGAAGCUCGCCAAUGGUCUCUCAAACGGAACAUACUAUGCCAAUGGCAAUGGUGUGCAUGCUUAGAGCAGCAGGGGAUGAUGGAUCAAGGAUUUGCAACUAUUUACUUGAAAAAGUUCAGUUUUGUCUUGGCGGUUCCUAAUGCAUCAGUUUUGUCUUGGCUGGCUUGACUAUCAUCAUGGUCGCUCGAGGAAGAAAAAGUUCUUGUGCUCGAUGCGGACUGUCUGCUGGGGAUGGUGCUCGUUCGGUGGUUUUUAGUUAAGGAACCGAGCUGAUCUCUUUGAAGGCGCGAGAUAGUGGUUUCUGCGUUCGUCUCUACCCUCCUCUGUAAGCAAAUGGAGCAGAUUUGGGUCAGAAGAGUUUACAUGCUGUAUAUCUUAAAGAAAAGCUGUAUGUUUUGGUUACUUAAAUUAGGUUUUCAGUGAGGUCUAGAGCUGAUGCUUAAAAAAGCGCAGCAGUGCAAGAGAGUAUUUCGAAAUUAGGUACUUUGAUUUGGGACAGUUUUUUUUGUGCUUGUGCGCAAAUAAGUUGAUGCUCUGCUGCAUGAUCAUACCAGUUGCCAUCAGAACGCAUGUCAUACUUCUAAAUUUAUGGAUUACUUAUUCCAAAAUGUAAA